AUGUAUACUAAAGAAGAUACCUGUGCUACUAACAUUUCAGCGUCUCUUCUAAAGUUUUUUAAAAUAGGACUGUUCGAAACUAUUUACGCAAAAAGUGGCUCGAAUCCUGAUACGCCGAGAAAUUAUGAUACACCAUGUGGAGAAGCACCUGAAAGGAAAUGUGCUUGCUUGCCAGAAACUGAAAAUAGAAAAUGCAAGACUGGCGAUCGCGGUAAAACCGGCGCAGGUGUGACAGGAUCUCGUACUGGUCGUGUCUGUGAAAAAGAACCGGACUUGCCAGCCGGCGCUGUUAAUCCUGGUCUUUUACGCUACAUACACAAUGCGGCACGUUACAGAAUCCCACAAUGUUUUGAAGGCGGCUGUGUAUCCGUUAAGCAGCAGAGCCCGAAAAGCAAUUGGAUUCUCGGGCAUACCCUUUCGUGUAGUUCAGUAUCUCCUGGUGGCUACAAAGUGUUACUAUCGUAUGUAGACAGGGAAAAACCCACUGGCAUUCCAUAUUUUGUUAUGGAGGCUGCACCAGGUGGACAGAUGAGCUGUGAGGUCCGCGUGGGCCCGACUCAGAGCACACGGGCUACCGUGGUGGCUCAGAUAGCAGACACCGAAUUCUAUAGUUUCGAAAGCAUCUUUGAUGCUUAUUUCAAUAGUUUCACAGCUUCAGUCAUCGCUGUUAACAGGGAAUUUAUAGCGCUACACUAUUUACAGGCAAGGAACAAUUAUAUAUGUACUUUUUAA